AUGGAAACGAGCAUCAUCAUCAUUCUGAAGAGGUGCCCCCCGUCUCUGUCCUCCCCCCUCCCCCUCCCCCCGACCACUCUUGUUCAUCGUAAAGCGCAUCUUUAUUGCAUCCCACGCGGGCGCAAGGCCGUCACGCAAAACCAACGGCCCCGAGCCCGCAGUCUAUCGCGGGACUUGCCCUGUCCCAAUACCGUGCCGGUCAAUAAUUAUAUACAAGCACCACAAAACUCUCUGCUCCACAAUUACAACCUCCGCAGCUCGGGGUGGUCCAUCAGCAUCUCCUGCUGCGAGAGGGUGUCCUUGAGGCUCUGCGGCGCCCACACGACCUCGACGGCCUGUAGCUGGUCCUUGGACACAGAGGCGAGCGCCCGCAGCGCGCGGUCGACGUCCUUGGUCCCGUCGAUGACCUUGGGCAGCUUGGUGACCAAGUCGCCCGCGGCAGCAAUGAGGAGCGCCACGACGAUGUACUCGCUCGGGGCCUUAGUGACGUCCGUCUCGCCAGCGCGCGCACGCGGCGCCUCGGCGCGGCGCCCGUCCGCGUUGCUCAGCGUCUCCUCGCCGAGCUUGAGGCGCUCCUCCAGCGCGAGCUGCGUGAAUUGCGACUCCGCGUCCGAGAGGCGUGCCUGGCGCACGUCGACGGCGGCGUACAUCCAGUAG